AUGGCCGCAGACUCGAGCUCCCCGGCCGCGAGCCCGGAGCCCACCGCCACCACCCCCGCCUCCUCCUCCAAGAAGCGCAAGGUCUCCCUCCCCGAGCUCGAGGUCGACGUCUCCCUGCCCGAGCCCCCCUCCAAGCGCGCCAAGCGCCUCCUGAAGAAGGGCAAGCCCCUCCCGCCCUCCAAGAACGCCGACUCGGACGACGACGCCGCCGCCGGCAAGGACAGGCCGGACGACGACCUCGACCUGCCCGCGCACCCGGCCGACGGCGCGCACCGCAAGCAGAAGAAGGGCGGCAAGAAGAAGAAGGGGUCGAAGGACCAGGACGGGGACGGCGGCGACGACGACGACAAGACGGAGAAGGAAGAGGUGCACGGCGUCUGGAUCGGCAACCUGCCCUUCACGCUGACCCGGCCGGAGCUCUUCAAGUGGCUCGUCGACGCCUCGGGCGGCUCCAUCCCCGAGGCGAGCAUCACGCGCGUCAACCUGCCGACGGCGAAAAAGGCCAGCGACCCCCGCCGCCGCCCGCACAACGAGCACUCGGACAAGCUGGCGCCGCAGAACCGCGGCUUCGCCUACGUCGACUUUGCCACCUACGACGCCUGCAUCGCCGCCAUCGCCCUGUCCGAGACGGAGCUCGGCAGCCGCCGCCUGCUCAUCAAGAACAGCAAGUCCUUCGAGGGCCGCCCCGCCGCCCCGGCCGCCGCAGCAGGUGGCAAGGAGCAAGGCGGUGGUGAUGCAGCAGAGACUGCCGCCGCCGCCGCCGCCGCCAACACGAGCCGCAAGAUCUUUGUGGGCAACCUGGGCUUCGCUACGACCGAAGACGACCUGUGGUCCCACUUUGAAAAGUGCGGCGAGAUCGACUGGGUAAAAGUGGCCACCUUCGAGGACACGGGCAAGUGCAAGGGCUACGGCUGGGUCAAGUUCAAGGAGGCCGACGGCGCCGCCUGGGCCGUCAAGGGCUUCGUGCGGAUAAAGGAGGAGAUCGAGACCGAGGAGGACUUUAUGGACAAGAAGGAAGGGGAAGCAGCUGAUGAGGAAGAAGAAGAAGAUGAUGAUGAAGGCGAGGAGGACUCCAAAAAGGCUACGGCAGCCCCGGUGGCGCCCAAGAAGACGAAGAUGCGCAAGUGGUGGGUCAACAUGCUGAGGGGCAGGCCGCUCAAGAUCCAGUUCGCAGAGGACGACCAGACGAGAUACAAGAAGAGGUUCGGCAAGGAUGCCAAGAAGGAGAGGCCCGCCAACAGCGGUGGUCAUCCCAAGAGACGGCAAGAUGCAGCUGAGGGACAGGACCAAGAACAGGAGGCGCCACGCGAGGAAAGUAAACCCAAAAAGGAGAUCCAGUAUCAGGACGACAUCAACGUCGCCAGGCUUACGGGUGCUGCGGUGGCUCCCCAGGGCAAGAAAACGACUUUCGAGUGA